AUGCACAAGUACCGGCUUUUGUCCAAGAAGGGCGAGGGUACCUUUUCGGAGGUGCUGAAAGCGCAGUCCAUCAAGUCCGGUAAGCAUGUGGCGAUCAAGUGCAUGAAGAACACCUUCGACAGCAUCGACCAGGUGAACAACUUGCGGGAAAUUCAGGCCUUGCGGCGCCUUGCCGGACAUCCCAACAUCAUCAAGCUCCACGAGAUACUUUAUGAUGAGCCUACUGGACGCCUUGCGCUGGUCUUCGAGCUCAUGGACAUGAAUGUCUACGAAGCCAUCAAGGGGCGAAGACAUUAUCUGCCGGAGGCGAAGACAAAGCACUACAUGUUCGAGAUUUUGAAAGGGCUCGACCACAUGCACCGCAACGGCAUCUUCCACAGAGACGUGAAGCCUGAGAAUCUUCUGCUCCUCGACGACGAGAUCAAGCUGGCUGACCUGGGCAGCUGCCGGGGGAUCUACUCACGCCAGCCCUUCACCGAGUAUAUCUCCACUAGAUGGUACCGAGCUCCUGAGUGCUUGCUGACAGAUGGCUACUAUGGCUUCAAGAUGGACCUCUUUGCCGCAGGCUGCGUGUGGUUUGAGAUCGUGGCGUUGUUUCCGCUCUUCCCGGGGCAAAACGAGAUGGACCAAAUCCAGAAGAUCCACAACGUGUUGGGCACCCCCUCCCCCGAACUCCUGGCGAGCAAGUUCAAGAGGAACGCCUCCCACAUGGAUUUCAACUUUCCAGAGAAGAAGGGCACCGGCAUCGAGCGGCUGAUCCCGCAUGCUGAGCCCGAGUGUGUGGAGCUAAUGCAAAAGCUCCUGAAGUACGAUCCGGACGACCGGAUCCUUGCACGGCAAGCGCUGCGGGACCCCUACUUCCGCGAGCUCCAUGAGAUGAAGAAGGAGAUCGCGCAAGCGCAGGGAAUGCUGGGCGCCGGGCGCAGCCGGGAGCAGUGGUUCAGCAAGGCAGCCAACAGCUCCAGCAGUAGUACCACGUCUGUGGGGGACGGCAACUAUGAGACCCCGGAGCAGACCCAGGAGGCUGGGCAGACGACCAGCUCCGUGGGCGAAGAGAACCGCUCCGGGGGCUUGCCCAGCAUCGGACAGGCGCGGCGCAAGGCGGGCGCCGCAGAGGAGGAGGCGCCGAGCCAGGUGCUUCCUCCCAUCGGCGGCCUCAAAAGAACCACUGGCCGCACCAACGUGAAGCCGCAGACCUUCAAGACUGCAGCCAAUGCGGCCUUGCAGUCAUCCAAUCAGAUGCAUGGGUCUGGCAAGAACGCGUCCAAGACAAGCAGCAACUUCAAAGAGGCAGCCCGCGGCAGUGGCACGAAGUCCUUCUUCGGUGCCGGCAAGGCCCACGGGGACAUGUCCGUCACAGCCUCCGGGUGGGCAGCAGAGCCCGGCAGUGCGCGGUCUGGGCACGCAGUUGCGAGCAUGGGCUCCACGUGGGCUCCGCAAAGGCGACGCUGA